UGUCUAUGGGUCCCUGAGCUAAUGUAGGAGCACCCCCGGGGCAGGGGUUAAUGUAGCUGGCAGAGUGGCAGGAGACUCAUGGCGUUGUUAAUUGGGCUGAGAUUCACAGCGAGCACAGUGAUUCCCCAGUGGGCAGCGUUAACAGUGUAUAGAACUUGCUACAAUACUCCUAACAAUUUAACCAUGGCUUUGAAGCAGAUUUCCAGCAAUAAGUGCUUUGAUGGGUUCCAGAAAGUGUUUGAACAUGACAGCCUGGAACUAAAAUGCAAAAUGAAAUUUGCAAUAUAUUUGCCACCUAAAGCUGAAAAUGCAAAGUGUCCAGUUGUGUACUGGCUUUCAGGUUUAACAUGCACUGAACAAAAUUUCAUUACAAAAGCAGCAUUUCACCAAGCUGCAGCUGAGAAUGGACUCAUUGUAGUAGCCCCAGAUACUAGCCCACGUGGUUGCAACAUUGAGGGAGAAGACGAAAGCUGGGAUUUUGGCACAGGGGCUGGCUUCUAUGUCAAUGCCACGGAAGAUCCUUGGAAAUCUAACUAUAGAAUGUACUCUUAUGUAGUCGAAGAGCUGCCUCACCUCAUCAAUGGAAAUUUCCCUGCGGACCCAGAUAGAAUUUCCAUUAUGGGGCACUCCAUGGGCGGGCAUGGUGCUUUAAUCUGUGCCCUGAAGAAUCCUGGGAAAUACAAGACUGUUUCCGCGUUUGCUCCCAUCUGUAAUCCCCUACAAUGUCCAUGGGGCCAGAAAGCAUUUACUGGAUACUUGGGCUCUGACAUUAAGAAAUGGGAGGUGUACGAUGCAACACAACUAGUGAAGACUUACUCAGGCUCCCAACUAGAUAUACUAAUUGAUCAAGGUAAAGAUGAUCAAUUUCUUGCAGCAGGGCAGCUUCUGCCAGACAACUUUAUUGCUGCCUGCACUGAACGUAAAAUACCAGUUGUGUUUAGAUUGCAAGAGGGAUAUGAUCACAGCUAUUUUUUCAUUACUUCUUUUAUAAACGAUCACAUCAAGCACCAUGCAAAGUACCUUCACGCGUGACAUUUUCAGCAGAAAGCGUUGCACUAUUUUACCUAAAAUGGAGAUUAGCAACAACGGUCUUAAGUAGUACAUUGAUUUGCAUUUAUAAUCUGCUAAAUCUGUCAAUCAAUUAAAUUUGCCAUUGGGAUAAA